UUAGUGUACACUGUUUGUUCAGACACAGCUUUAAAGUAACUAAUUCAUUACGUUUGAGUUAAUCAGGUUAUAAAUCUUCACAUAUAGAGUAUACAUUGAGUUUACGCACUUCUAUGUGAUGAUAUAGGUAUUGAAGCUCGUGUGAUAACGUUUCGAUUGUUCAGGAUAUCUCAUUUACCGUGCGUGUGUCUUAAAGUUGAAAAGCCAACAUUUAUGUUUGGGAUUUAAAUAUUCAAGGAAUGGACACGAGUGGACGCUCUAGACGAUACUAAGUGAGGGUUAAAGGCCUGCAUUUAAAUGUCUGAUGUUUUUGAAAGGUCUUAAGGCAUAUCACUAAGAUAUUAUCAAAAUGGAAAAUUACUUUGAAAAAAUGCGACGUGAAAAUAAGAGUCGAAUGAAAGAAACGAUGGUGGACAACCGGAGUUAUAACGCUAAGCCAAAGAAUCCGCACACCAAGAUCACGGAGAUAAGUCUCGAGGACGAGACUUUGACACUAUGGAGACCCGCGGUGGACAACAACCAGUACUGCCUCAUACCAGAAAACAUCGACCAGGGAGACUGGGAACAUUUCCGACCGCUGUACUACCAUAAAUUCGACUGCAUCAGCAGUGCUCUCCCCUUUGAUGACGCAAUUCCGGUGAUUGCAAACCAAGCGACCACCCUCGUCCCCACGCAUGACUAUUCUAUACUAAGGGACUACCCUCGUAUCCGGGGUUUGUGGUAUCAACCAGAAAAGGCUGACAUAAUCAGCAUCGAUGACGAGUCUCGUGUUGGUAACAUAAAGUUUUCCAUUUUCUUCCCGCGCUCUGACCACGAUCAUUUGAUAAGCAAGCUGAACAUGUACUAUCUAGAGGUUAUGGACUACGAGUCAGACGACAAGUCUGUGUCUCGUUUUCUUCUGACGAAAAACGAAUACCCCGAUCUGCCCAUCUACGAUACAAAUAAACCGGGCGGACCGGUGUUUAUAGAAAAACAUGACACUUUAGACGGUGUCUUGGAAACAUACUACUUCCUGCGCAUCUGUACCAGCUACACUGGGCGGAUAAUGGAACACGAGGUCGAGUUUAUGUUAGAAGAAGAUCCGUGGCCUCUAUGUCAAAUAUCAUCAGUGACGCACAAACCGUUCAAUGCACCAGUGAACUUACUAGCUUCGAAUGAGAACUUGGAUGUAGAAACGUGCGUUAAAUUAAACACGCGAUUCCAGGCCUCGACCUGGGAGGAUACAUUAGCAGGUCUGUUUGCAUGGUCACUCAGAACACACCUGCCCUGGCUUGUCUACGAAAGACUUCAUGAUAACAUCAAAGGAACGGUAACUCUCACCGCCAUGACGUCCCCAUUGGAGACCAUUUCCGCCCCGCGUAGAGCAUUCGUGUGCAGUCGGAAGUUGGAUUUGCUCAUUGAAUUGAAUCCCUUUAUCAUGAAAUGCCAAAACGACAAAGACUUACAAGAUCUCAAGAAUUUGUUCUGUUCACUUCACGAAUGCGAUGACGCAUGCCCAGUAGUAAGUGUACGACAGCUUGACAUGUGUGGCGUCAUGCCUCCAUAUUUGUGUCUACUAGAGCGCGUGAUUGCUAGCAACUACAUCCCUCUCCGGCGUGAGAUCGUGACGGCCAUGUUGCCGUGGUCUGUGCUAGCUUUUUACUUUAGAGAUUUGAAGAUCGACAGCUGUCGAAAAAUGAUCGCAUUCAUCAGUCAGGUUGACGGAAUUUGCCAGGAAUUUCCCGGUGACUUUACCUACCCUCUAACUAGUACUCAAGACUUUAACUGCAAUCUUACAAUGGACUACACGGAGAAAACCUCUGGGUUCGAAUCUCUUUCCUCUGUCGCUGACCUUGAUGCCGACAGUGACGAAAGCGUAAAAUAUGGUGAAAGUUAACAUCGUACUCCUUGUAUGUGCCAAGGAGGGGACACGUCUCAGCAUAGUUCAGAAAGUGUUUGCGUGUGUCAGGAAGAAGACUCGGGGGUUAUUUCCCUUAACAAUUUAAAACCGCGGACAUGUGUCAAGAAGGAGGAAUAAGGUCUAUUUCUUUUAGUUGAUAAAAAAGCGCUGAAUAGGACAGGAGAACCAACGGUUAUUUCUCUUACGGUUAAAAACCCACGGAUCAGACAGUACCAUUACUGAUAACUUAUAUUUACCAUUCAGUUAAAACAACGUGUCGUGCGUAAUAAUUGACAGUUAUGAAAACGUUGACGUAUGUCGUAGAGGAGGAAUUAGAGGUUAUUUCCGCCGACAGCUUUGAAACUGGGGAGAAGAGGGAGUGACAGGGCGGAGGAAUCGUGGGAUAUCUUCUUGGUAGUAAUGAAAGAUUGGCAUGUGUCGGAGCAGAGGAUUUCGGCUUGUUUUUCAUGAUAGUAAAACAAAUUUGGGUGAUGUGCCGAGAGAAUGAAAACUUAUGGUCCGUCUGCACAAUUUGAUAUUGAACGGUAUUGUUGACACAAUAGGUCUCAUUAUAAUAAAUUCACAAACAAAAUACGGCAUGUUCUUUAAAUUAGCAACCGGUGAAAAUCAAAUAUUUUGAGCCAGGAGUUUGAUGUAAAACAACAGAUGUGGUUAAAAAUAAAGAGGAGAUGAAUUAAUAUAAGCUUAUAGCUUGUUUUCUGAUCCUCGUUGCAUCUGUACUGUAUUGUAAUGUAGUGUGCAAGUGAUGAAAUAAAAUAUUGUUUAAACCAAAAAUAAAACUAUCAUAGUAUAGAAUGAUAAGGAAGGGAGGUAAAUCUUUGCCUUAUAGUCUGUCAAGGAAUUACUUGAACCUAUCGAUGACAAAGGGAGGUAAUUCGCCACUCUCCUUUCUCGUCAUCUGUUUGGCUAUUUGCUAUUACAAUUAAGAGUAAUAACGAAGGAUGGUGUCGCUCCAAUAUCUGACCAUUUUUAUUUUUUAUUUUCUCGUUGGUGCAAAUGAUAUCUGACAAAUAUGAUCUAAAAAAAGUGAAGAGUGAACGUUGCUCGAACCUCAUCGUUAGUCAGGCUAUUUUCACCAUUCUGUGAUGGGAGGUAACUCAUUCUCAGUUCUCAUCGUUUUCAACAACAACAGUUAUAGCAAGGGGAUGUAACUCAUUCUCAGUUCUCAUCGUUCUCAACAACUUAUAGCAAGGGGAGUUAACUCAUUAUCUCUUAAUAACUCCUGACUUAUUUUGCAUGUAUUUUAAGAUCAACUGUAGGCGUGUAGGACAGGCAAUAUAUUGCUAAUAUGCGUCAGGUUAUAUAGGGAUUGGAAGUGUAAUCCUUCAGUUAGUGUGAAACUUUUUUUUUCAAUUUGGUGUGAUAACUAAUAUGCGAUUGCAUUAUAUUCUCAGUGUGAGGGAUGUUUUCUCAUUUAAGGAUAUACAUGUAUGUACGUCACAUUAUUAAUCAAACAUAUUCUCACUUACCGAAGAGUUCCAAACUAUUUAAUUGAAAUAAGUUGAUAAAUUAAAUCUGAAAACAAGAAUGCAGUCAAAGGCAGCUACUGGACACAUUUCUGAAUUUAAGUCAUUUUUAUAAGGGUGCAUGUGGUUAACUCUAUUUGUUAUACCAUUGCAUGAAGUUCAUCCAAUGCUUAGUUUUACUUGUGAGUUAUUUUUCCAAACCUUAUAUAAGGGCAAUAUUCUUGAAUACUAUUGACAAAAUGUGGCAGUAAAUUGAGGUUUUGUUGUAUUUAUACUUAAUAAAGAUAGAACAACUGAUAAUGAUGUGUCAAUUUUAUUUUGUUAUAAGAUAUGCAAAAUAUAAAAAAAAAUAUUCUUAUUUGGCGAUGAAAUAUAACAGUGGAAUAUCAAAAUUAUAUACGUGAUGAUUGACACAAGAAACAUUUAUAACAUUUUUGCGAUAAAAGUGCACUUUUAAAAUGACACUUUAACUGAAGUGUUUAGUUUAUUGUAUAUGAUAUCGAAUAUAAUACUAGAAUCAUGAUAACCUAUAUUGGUAUAAUGUAACCUUCAAAUUAGAUACAGGUUAUCCCCCUUUGAUCGAAAUCUACACUUUGUCAAAGUUGUUGCAUACUGCUAUAGGGUAUACUUGUCGAGACAAGAAAUGUACCACGAUAUUCGGAUAUAACAUAUACCAUGAUUUGUUUUAUUGUGAACAGAUAGAACCACUAUAUUUGAAUCACAAUAUGUUACAUACCACGAAGUCUGUAUCACGACAUAAUACGAACCACGAUAUAUAUGUAUGUACAACAAUAUGAUAUUUACCACGAUCUCUGUACCGCGAUAUUAUCUAAUCACGAUAUGGAAGAACCACGAUAUCCGUAUCAUCAUAUGAUACCACGUUAUCUGUAUCGCGAUAUGUUAACGUACCACAAUAUCUGUAUCACGAUAUGAUAGGUACAUGAACCACGAGAUCUGUAUCACGAUAUGAUAAGAAUCAUGAUAUGAUACUAACCACACUAUCUGUAUCACGAUACUAUAUAUGUAUUGUGACAUGAAAAGUUCCACGAUAUCUGUCUUUUCGAUGAUACAGUUUGAUAGAACUACGAUUUUUUAUUGCGAUAUGACACAUACCGCGAUAUUUGUAUUUUGACGAUACAUCUAAUUUGGUACAUUAAAAAACAACUGAUGAAGAUGAUAAUAUUAAAGCACUGACUAAUGAUAGUUUCCAUAGUUACAUUGUAUUAAUGACCAUCUCGUAAUAUAUAUACCAGACAUAAUUAUACCACCUUUCCUUAUUGAGUUUUGACAACUAUUCAGUAGAAUUAACUCCUCUACAUAAGCACUGAGCAUAUGUUUCUAUCGAUUGAUUUCUAUCGAUUGAAAUCAUAAGCAUCAAUAUAAAUAUGUUUGAAAAAAAUAUACAUGUAGUAUGCUGCAUUAAAAUGAUAAUUUCAGCUCGAUAUUAAUCAAAACGGUGAAUUUUAACUUAAAACUGUACAUGAGGUUGGAUGAAUAGAUUUGAGACCGGAAAUCUCAAACCGGAAGUAUCAAACCGGAAGUCUCAAAGACUCAGUUGACCUGAAGUCGUAAGAGAGCCUACAGAAAGACCGUAAAAGUGUCUGAAACUGAUAACAGGUAAUUUUACAGACUGUGAUAGGGAAAUUGAGUAUACUAUCAACAAUAAGAAAUAUGAAAUGAAGCAUGUCUGCGAUACAUUAAUGAUAUAAAAACACUGCGCAUAACAUACAAGCAAAAAUAAUUUUAACAUCAAAAUGAUAAAAAAAAUAAAAGAUUCAUGUACAUCAUUAACUUCCUACUGCAUCGUCGAAGAUGAACAAUCCAAACAAUGGCAUCAAAUGAUUAAAGACAAAAUCACGUGUUUUAUUAAGGAUCUCUGUUCCAUUGCAUACUAGACACUAAGAGAAAUCCUUUGAAGAUUUCAUACAAACAUUAACCUCCCCUUGACUUCGGUUUUGGAUAUAACAAUAGCAAGCUUGAUCCAGAAAAUCACCGCUAAUCAGAUAACUCAGCUGGUUAGAGCGAACGUAGUUUUAUCAGAGUUUCGUGAGGUGUAUGUUUCUUUUCAGUAAUAAUCAAAUAAAGCUAUAGUUUGGAUACUGUAAUGCCGGUAAAAAAAAUGCAUUUUUGGCAGUGGUACGGGGAUCCUUAAAAUUGAAAUAUUUUAAGAUUGUGGAUGUUUAAAAAAUCAAGAAAGGUCACAAUAACGAUUCAUACCGCCAUGAUACUUAUGUUAGGGAGUACAAUUACUGUCUUACUGUAUACAGACAUUUGAAAAAUAAUUUCCUGUUAAAUUUAUGUCACUUCCUCUAUCAUCUAACAUAUAUAUAUAUAUAUUUAUUGUAUACCCUUUUUAGGGAUUUUGAACAUCUGAAUCAAAUAGAUCUACAUGAUAACAAAUGACAUG